AUGGCUGCUCCCGCUCCCUCCAACAUCCCCCAGCCUGCCAUGGGCAAGACUGCUGGUGGUAACUCUGCCUACCACAACUUCAACAAUGACUUCCUUCACGUCUCCGACCUGAACGAGCGUCGUCGUCUUGCCCUCGCUGAGGUCGACAAGGCCCCCUUUGGCUGGUACCACGUUCGCGCCUGUGUUGUCGCUGGUGUUGGUUUCUUCACUGAUUCUUACGACAUUUUCACUGCCUCUCUCCUCACCAUCAUGCUGGGUAUUGUCUACUACCAGGACAACAAGGGUGCCAUCUACCCCAGCUCUGAUAACGCCAUCAAGCUGGCCACCUCUGCUGGUACCGUUGUUGGUCAGCUUGGUUUCGGUAUGCUCGCUGAUAUUGUCGGCCGUAAGAAGAUGUACGGUCUUGAGCUUAUUGUCAUCAUCUUUGCCACCAUUGGCCAGGCCCUCACCUCGGAAUCUCCCUCUUGCAGUAUCGUCGGUCUCAUCAUCUUCUGGCGUGUCAUCAUGGGUGUCGGCAUUGGUGGUGACUACCCCCUCUCUUCCGUCAUCACUUCCGAGUUUGCUACCACCAAGUGGCGUGGUGCCAUGAUGGCUGCAGUCUUUGCCCAGCAGGGUCUCGGCCAGCUUUGCGCCGCCUUUGUCAUGCUCUUCGUCACCCUUGGCUUCAAAGAGACCCUCUCUGCCAGCCCUGGUGUUGCUCACUGCACUGGUGACUGCCAGGUUGCCGUCGACAAGAUGUGGCGUACUCUCAUUGGCUUCGGUGCCGUUCCCGCUUCCAUUGCUCUUUACUUCCGUCUUACCAUUCCCGAGACCCCCCGUUACACUUUCGAUGUUGCCCGCGAUGUCGAGAAGGCCGACAACGAUGUCAAGGCUUACAUGAACGGCAAGGCCGAGGGUGAAACUGAUGAGAUGGCUCGUGUUGCUGCCAACAAGGUUGCCCAGGAGAAGCUUGAGGUCCCCAAGGCCAGCUUCCGCGACUUCUGCCGCCACUACGCUAUCCGCAAGAAUCUUCUCCUCCUCAUCGGUACUGCUGGCUCCUGGUUCAUGCUCGACGUUGCCUUCUACGGUCUCUCUCUCAACAACGGUGACAUUCUCAAGGCUGUCGGCUUCUCUACCACCGGCUCUAAGAACACCUACGAGUUCCUGUACAAGACUGCCAUUGGUAACUUGAUUAUUGUCAUGGCUGGCGCUGUCCCUGGCUACUGGGUUUCCGUCGCCACCAUCGACACUCUUGGCCGCAAGCCCAUUCAGAUGGGUGGCUUCCUGAUCCUAACCAUUCUCUUCAUUGUUCUUGGCUUUGCUUACGACAAGAUUGACGCCAACGGCAAGCUUGCCAUCUACGUUCUUGCCCAGUUCUUCUUCAACUUCGGCCCCAACACCACCACCUUCAUUGUUCCUGGUGAGGUCUUCCCCACCCGCUACCGUUCUACCUCUCACGGUAUCUCUGCCGCUUCUGGCAAGAUCGGUUCCAUCAUUGGCCAGGGUGCCAUUGCCUCUCUCCGCACUCGCGGUGCUACCAAGGACAACGCCCAGCCCUGGUUGAACCAUGUUCUCCAGAUCUUCGCCCUCUUCAUGUUGCUCGGCUGCUUCACCACCCUCCUUAUUCCCGAGACGCCCCUCAAGGCUUAA